AUGGCCGACCCGCCAGAGGGAAAAGAGCUGGAGCUCAAGUCUGCAGACGCGGCGGCCGCGGCGAUGCAGCCCAGCAACGAGGAGCGACAUGACGCGCCGUCAGAUCCAUCCGAUUCCGACAACAAAGAGCUUGCCACGGGCGAAAAGCACGACGGCGACACAGACGACAUUGCCAUGGCGGCCAGCCCCCAUCGCCUCGACGUCACAAAGAGCGUUGCGACAGACGCCAGCUAUGCCACUAGCCCGCCGUCAACGAAAGCCAGGCCUUGGUACAGACAGGUGAACCCGUUGCGAUGGGGCGGCGUUCCGCCCGUCCCCAAGGAGCGAAUCGUCUCGCGCGAGUACACGGCGGGCUUCUUCAGCAAGUUGACCUUUCAGUGGAUGACGCCGCUGAUGACGACUGGCUACAAACGACAACUCGAACAGGGCGAUAUUUGGCAGGUGAACCCCGACCGGGCUGUGGAACCUCUCACGCAAAAAGUCCAAGAAUCCUUCCACCGCCGCGUGAAAAAUGGCGAAACGAACCCUCUGUUCUGGGCCCUACACGAAACCUUCAAGUUUGAAUUCUGGCUAGGCGGCCUCUGCGCCCUCAUCACCGCCAUCCUGCAGGUCCUUGCGCCCUUCACCCUGCGUUUCCUCAUUCAGUUCGCCACAGACGCAUACAUCGCCAACGUCAGAGGCGGCCCUCCGCCCCCCAUCAAGAAUGGCAUUGGCCUCGCCAUCGGUGUGACCGCCAUGCAAAUCUUCCAGGCAUUCGGUGUCAGUCACUUUAUAUAUCGGGGCAUGAUGAUAGGUGGCCAGAGCAGAGGUGUUCUCAUUGGCUUCAUUUACGAAAAGGCCAUGGUGAUUUCCGGCAGGGCCAAGGCCGGCGGUGUCAAGCCGUCCAUCAUGCCCGAGUCAGACGACGCAGACAAGGUGGAAAAGGGCAAAGAGACUGCCACUGAUGAGAAGAGUGCAGGGAAGAAAAAGAACAAGGCCAAGGCGAACAAGGGCAAGCCGCAGCAGGACGGCCUCGGCUGGGCAAACGGCCGCAUUGUCAACUUGAUGAGCGUUGAUACCUACCGCAUUGAUCAAGCUUCCGCCCUCUUCCACAUGAUGUGGACCUCGCCUAUUGUUUGUCUCAUCACCCUGGUGUUGCUUCUUGUCAACUUGACCUAUAGCGCACUGGCUGGCUUUGCCCUGCUCGUCGUUGGUGUGCCCGCUCUCACAAAGGCCAUUCAAUCCCUGUUCCGUCGGCGCAAAGCCAUCAACAAAAUCACCGACCAGCGAGUCUCUCUGACCCAGGAGAUUCUUCAGUCCGUCCGCUUUGUCAAGUAUUUCGGCUGGGAAAAGGCCUUUAUAGCCCGCCUUGGGGAGGUCCGAGCCAAGGAGAUUUACUCCAUCCAGGUGCUGCUGGCCAUUCGCAAUGCCAUCAAUGCCGUCAGCAUGUCGCUGCCCAUUUUUGCCUCGAUGCUUUCCUUCAUCGUGUACUCGUUGUCAAACCACGACUUGGCCCCCGCCGAGGUGUUUUCGUCUCUGGCCUUGUUCAACGGUCUCCGCAUCCCGCUCAACCUGCUGCCCCUCGUCCUGGGCCAAGUCACCGAUGCCUGGUCGUCUAUGAAGCGCAUUGAGGAGUUUCUGAUGCAGGAGGAACAAGAAGAGGAGGUGGUUUACAGGCCCGAAGGUAGCAACGCCGUCGAGAUGAUUGACGCUGCUUUCACCUGGGAGAGGACGACCACGCAAGAUCCGGACAAGGGCACCAUCGCCGGCUCUGGGAAAGAGAAGAAGGGGGCAAAGGACAGCACCAAGGAGGGCACAAGUAUGCCGAAACCUGUAAAGUCACAGAACUCGGAGGAGGAUUCAGCAAGCACGUUGGUCGAGGAACGGGAGCCGUUCAAGCUUCAGGGCCUCAACUUCCAGAUUAACCGCAAUGAACUUGUGGCAGUGAUUGGAACCGUUGGCAGCGGUAAAAGCUCUCUUCUUGCUGCUCUUGCAGGCGAUAUGCGAAAGACUCAUGGAGACGUCGUAUACGGAGCUUCACGGGCGUUUUGCCCCCAGUAUGCCUGGAUUCAAAACACGACCCUCCAGAACAAUAUUACUUUUGGCAAGGACAUGGACCGUGACUGGUACCGUGAGGUCGUCCGAGCAUGUGCUCUCCAGGCAGAUCUGGACAUGCUUCCCAACGGUGACCAGACCGAAAUUGGCGAGCGAGGCAUUACCAUCUCCGGUGGCCAGAAGCAAAGACUUAAUAUCGCUCGAGCCAUCUACUUCAACGCAGACAUCGUCAUCAUGGACGACCCCCUCAGCGCGGUGGAUGCCCACGUCGGCCGGCACAUCUUUGAUCAUGCCAUCCUGGGUCUCCUCAAAGACAAGUGUCGUAUUCUGGCCACGCAUCAGCUUUGGGUCCUUAGCCGAUGUGACAGAAUCAUAUGGAUGGACGGCGGCAAAAUCCAGGCCAUUGACACCUUUGACAACCUAAUGAGGGACCAUCAAGGCUUCCAGACUCUCAUGGAGACCACGGCCGUCGAGGAGAAGGAGGAGGAGCCCGAGGCCGUGGCGCCCGUUGAUCUUGCCGACGAGCGCAAGAAGCGCAAGCAGAACAAAAAGGGAGCGGCGCUUAUGCAGCAGGAAGAAAAGCCUGAAUCGAGCGUGCCCUGGUCAGUCUACGGAGCAUACGUGCGCGCUUCGGGCUCGAUUUUAAACGCCCCCCUCGUCAUCACCAUUCUCAUCAUCUCACAAGGCGCCAACAUCGCCACCGGUCUUUGGCUGUCGUGGUGGACAUCCGACAAGUUCGGCUACUCUACCGGGAAAUACAUUGGCAUCUACGCUGCCCUGGGUGUUGUCCAGGCCCUGCUCAUGUUUGCCUUCUCCGUCACGUUGACGGUUCUGGGAACCAACUCGAGCAAGGUGAUGCUGCGAGACGCGGUGCAGCGCGUGCUGCGGGCUCCCAUGUCCUUCUUCGACACGACACCCCUUGGGCGCAUCACCAACCGCUUCUCCCGCGACGUGGAUGUCACAGACAACAACCUAACGGAUGCCAUCCGCAUGUACUUCUUCACCCUCGCCAUGGUGACGGCUGUCUUCGCCCUUAUCAUAGCCUACUUCUACUGGUUUGCCAUUGCCCUUGUCCCGCUCUACUGCCUCUUUAUUCUGUCGGCGUCAUACUACAGAGCAUCCGCACGCGAAGUAAAGCGCUUCGAGUCCGUGCUGCGAUCCAACGUCUUUGCCAAGUUCGGCGAGGGCCUCAGCGGCGUGGCGUCCAUCAGAGCGUACGGCCUCAAGACGCGCUUCAUCAACGAGCUCCGGUCCUCCAUCAACGAAAUGAACAGCGCCUACUACCUCACCUUUUCCAACCAGAGGUGGCUGUCCGUGCGGCUGGACAUGGUGGGCAACGCGCUCGUCUUCACCGUGGCCAUCUUGGUCGUGACGUCGCGGUUCAGCGUCAACCCCUCCAUCGGCGGCCUCGUUCUCAGCUACAUCCUGUCCAUUGUGCAGAUGCUGCAGUUUUCCAUCCGGCAGCUGGCCGAGGUGGAAAACGGCAUGAACGCCGUCGAGCGGCUGCAGCACUACGGCACGCAGCUCGACGAGGAGGCGCCGCUGCACACCGUCGACGUGCGCAGCACCUGGCCGGAGAAGGGCGAGAUUGUCUUCCGCGACGUCGAGAUGCGGUACCGCCCGGGCCUGCCGCUCGUCCUGCAAGGGCUGAGCAUGCACAUCCGCGGCGGGGAGCGCGUCGGCAUCGUGGGCCGCACCGGCGCCGGCAAGAGCUCCAUCAUGUCGACGCUGUUCCGGCUCGUCGAGAUCUCGGCCGGCACCAUCGCCGUCGACGGCGUCAACAUCUCCACCGUGGGCCUGUACGACCUGCGCUCGCGCCUGGCCAUCAUCCCGCAGGACCCGACGCUCUUCCGCGGCACCGUCCGCAGCAACCUCGACCCCUUUGGCGAGCACGCCGACCUGGCGCUGUGGUCGGCCCUGCGGCAGGCCCACCUCGUGCCGGCCGGCGCGUCCCUCGACGACCGCAGGCCAGACCCGUCCCGCAUCCGCCUCGACUCCGUCGUCGAGGAGGACGGGCUCAACUUCUCCCUCGGCCAGCGCCAGCUCAUGGCCCUCGCCCGCGCCCUCGUCCGCGGCUCCCAGAUCAUCGUCUGCGACGAGGCCACCUCGUCCGUCGACAUGGAGACCGACGACAAGAUCCAAAACACAAUGGCCACCGGCUUCCGGGGCAGGACCCUCCUCUGCAUCGCCCACCGCCUGCGCACCAUCAUCGGCUACGACCGCAUCUGCGUCAUGGACGCCGGCCACAUCGCCGAGAUGGACACCCCCCUCGCGCUCUGGCACCAGGGCGGCAUCUUUAGAAGCAUGUGCCACAGAAGCGGCAUCCGGCUGGAGGAUAUCCAGGGCGCCAGGGAUAGCCUGGCCGCCUUGGAUGCAGCCGCGCCGAGUAGUUGA